AUGCAGAAUUUUCCAGGUCAAUUACCUCACCAAGGCUAUCCACCUCAACCACCUCAUAUUCCUUACAAUGCCAUCCCUCCUGCUCCGCUAGCUAUACCAUCAAUCGCAGCAGCGACUAUCACACCAGGACCGUAUGCACCUACUCCAUCAAUUUUACCAGGCCCUUUCAUCCUUCUACUGCUCCUUCCAGCUAUACCCUUAUUGCUAUUCUCACUGGGAGCUCGACCACCCGAUACUUCCCAUUUACCAUUCACGACUUCCGAUGUAUUCACCACUGGCGCUUUCGUGACUGUUACGAUGACAAUUGUCAUUUGCCUAGGGGUAUAUCCAGAAGCUGGAGGGGCUGUUUGGGCGUGGAUCAGAGAAGGUGCGAAUGGAGAGUGGGAUAUGAGGUAUUGGAAUGACGUCCAAUCGUGGACUGGUAUGGCCUCUACCACGACGGAUAUCAUGAAACAAUCUUCCAAGAGUGUUGGGAGUGUAGCGGAACAGGUGCAGGUUCAAAGUCAGAUGCAAUGGCGGUGGAAAUACGUUUUUGACGAGAGGUAUAGGAGAUGGAUCAAAGUAAAAGUUAAAGUUCCAAAAAUUAUCGAACAGGAAGUGAGAUCAGGAAAUUCACAUAUCAGACCCAAUCCAAAAGGCUUUCAGGCCCUUUCGAUCAAACAUGUUUCUGCUUUACGAAAAUCUCUUCCCGAUUGGUACUCAGAAUACAAACCGAAACUUAUCCCUUCCUUACUCGUCAUAGGCUUGAUUGUAUUUCUCAUGAUAUUGCUGGUAGGUCAAAUUUUAGGCUCAGCGUAUGAUACUGAAUCCUCCGGUGAGAAACGAGGAUCGUCCAGUAGCGGUAGUGGUGGUGGGAAAAUGUCAAGUUGGGUAGAAAGGGAGAUACGUAAGCGCAAAGAAGAGAAAUCGAAUCCUGAGAAAACCUUAAAGCGAAUCAAGGACGAAGGUAAAAAGGAGUUAGAAGGGUAUAAGAAGAAGGGGAAAGAGGAAUUGAAGAAGUUCCAGAGGAAGAGGGAAGCGGAGAAAGAAUUGUUGAAGAAGGAGUUGAAAAAGAGGGGAUUACCUCUAGUAGGUCUCGAAGAUAAGAAGAAAGAUAAAGACGAGAAGAAGAAGAAGAAAAAGAAAGAUGUUGAUCAAGAAGACGAUGGAAAAGGAAGGAAAGACGAGAGUGAGAGUAAAAGCGAUAAGAUGAAGAAGUUGUUGCUAGGUGAAAAGGCUAGUACGAAGAAUAAUGCUAAGAAGGAAGAUGAGAAAGCAGGUCCGGGAUGGGAGAUAGCUGAUAGUGCUUUGGCUCAGAAUACUUUGGCGCAAUCGCAGAUGAAUGCUCAGCAAAUGGCGGAGAAGCUGAAAGGUGGUGGAUGA